AUGUCCAUGGGUACCCAGGGGAGCCAUAAGGAUUUCCGGAGCCUCCAAGCCAAGUUCCAGGCCUCUCAAUCAGAGCCUAAUGAACUUCCUAAAAAGCCCCCAAAGCCAGAGUUCAACAAACUGCUGAAUAAGUUUCCACAACCUGAGCUAAGUGAGCAGCCCCCAAAGCCCUUGCAGCCUGAUGUCAGUGAAGCCCCUCAGAAGAUCAAUACAGCGUCCUUGAGGCCUCCGCAGCCCCAAUUUGCUGAUCUUCCCAAGAAGCCCUUGAAGCCUGAGUUUACUCAUCUCCCCAAGAAGCCCCAACAGCCGGAGUUCACUGAUCUCCCCAAGAAACCCCAGCAAACUGAGUUUACUGAUCUCCCCAAUAAGGCCUCCAAACCUGAAUUCACUGAUCUCCCCAAGAAGUUCCCACAACUUGAGUCCACUCCAUUUCUCAGGAAGCCCCUACAGCCCGAGGUCAGUGAGGCUCCUCAGAAGAUCUGGCAGUCAGAGCCCAGCACACUUGUCCAGAAGCCCCCACAACCAGAGCUCAGCAACCCCGCCAAGUCCCCUGCAGAACCCAAACUCAGCACAUUUCCCAAGAAGCCCCCACAGCCUGAGUUCAAAUUCAGUGUGCACCCCAGGAAGCCCCAACAGCCUCAGGCUGGUAGCUUCCCAAGGAAGUCCCUACCACAACAGCCUGAAUUCUCUGAAGUCCCUCAGUCGCUUCCCUCAAAGUCCGGGCCCAGUGAGCCCCAACUCCUUUCCCCAAAGCCUGACCUCAAUACCUCACCAAAGAAGCCCCCACAGCCUCAGACUAGUGACCUCCAUAAAUUCUUAACACAGCCUGAGCUUAGAGAGGUCCUUCAAAAGACCCCCCUGGAGAAGUCUGAGCUCAGCAAACCACAUCCCCACUACCUGCAGCCAGGCCUCAGUGCAUUUCCCAAGAAGCCCCCACAGCUUCAGCCAAGUGACCUCCCCAAGAAGGUCCUGCAGCCUGAAUUCAGUGACCUUACCAGGACUUCCUCAGAACCUGAAGUAUUUGUGCUUCCCAAGAAGCCAAGGCAGCUUGAGUUCAAAGCACUUUCCAAGAUGACCCCAAAGGCAGAGCUCGGCAGUCUCCCCAGGACCUCCUCAGAACCAGAGUUCAGCUCAUUGCCCAGGAAGUUUCAGCAGCCUGAGCGCCAAGGGCCACCUCGCAAGUUCUCCCAGCCUGAGCCCAAUGAUCUGCCMAAGAAGCACCUACAGCCUAAAUUCUUCAGGGAUCUUUCCAGAAAGCCCCCACUCCUGGGCUCAGUUUCUGAGAGCUCACUGCCCUCUGCCACCUUGGGCUCCAGCCCCCGGUACCCACUCAGCCCUGGAUUUGGAGCCACUGGGGCAACCCGCUGGAGGUCAGAAGACUUCAAAGCUCACAACCCACCCCAGCGGAGGCCACUGCCCCCAGCCAGCAUCCUGGGACCACCUCCAGCCAAACCCCCACUGCCCCCAGUCCCCAUGGAUAUUCAGAGCUUUCGGAGAUCCUCAGCAGCAUCCACAGCUCUGCGGAGGACUCGCUCAUCUGCUGGGACCCACUUCCUGGCCCAACAACCUAAAGACUUCCCAUGGGACCCGGACGAGACUUAUGAGCUAUAUGACAACGUAGAGCCCACGGAGGACUCAGGCCCCAGCCCCAGAGGCAGAGAUGAAGUGGUAUGUGCUCAGCAAGCCACCAGGAGGCACUCACAGGACCCAGAGCUCAGGAAGGAGAAGGCCCYACAGACACAGCAGUUGCCACCUACGGAUCCAAAGCUGCUAAAGCAGAUCAGRAAAGCAGAGAAAGCUGAGAGGGAGUUCCGGAAGAAGUUCAAGUUUGAAGGGGAGAUUGUGGUUCACACAAGGAUGAUGAUUGACCCCAAUGCCAAGACCCGUCGUGGAGGUGGCAAACACCUGGGAAUCCGGCGUGGAGAAAUUCUGGAGGUGAUCGAGUUCACCAGCAAGGAGGAGAUGCUGUGUCGGGACCCCAAGGGCAAGUAUGGCUAUGUGCCCAGAACAGCUCUUCUGCCACUGGAAACAGAGGUGUAUGAUGACGYCAGCUUCUGGGACCCUUUGGAGAGUCAACCAUUUCCACAAGGACAGUAG